UUUUAAAAGUGUGGUAGCGAGCACACAGUAAUAAAAUUGUGUAAGUAGAAUGUGUAGUGAGGGGCGACUAAUCUCGCCAACGCCAUUUUGUUUAUUUUCACGUUGAGCUAAACGGAAUUUCAAGAUUCAUGAACAAAAUAAUUAAAGAUCGGUAUAGGAUUAUUGAGUUAAUAUUAAAUUGUGAUUCUUAAAACUAUUACAACUUGAAUGUGAUUAAAUUUUUAAAAUUACAAAGUCGUUAACGUGUGGUCUACUGCAACAAAGACAGUUAAGUCGUGUUAGAGAGGUCGUGGACGAAGAAUUUUCGGCGUCGUCUACGAAGUAAAAAAUAAUUAAUAGUCAACUUCAUAAAUACAGAUCAGAAUGUUAAUCAGUUAAAACAGAUAAAAGUUAAUAAAUUAAAUAAAAAUAUUGAUAUUGUCUUCAGAUGAAAACAUUAUUUGUGCGUGAUAGAGUUAAAGAAAGAAAGAUAGCGGAUUAGAAAAAGUAAGGCAAAACGUAGACGAGAAAAAAGAAAUAAAAGAACGGUUAGCAAAAAAACGUGGCGCCGGUGUGUUACAAUUAUUGCAACCAUAGUAGAAUUUAUCCAGAUUAUUGAUAGUUGAAAAGGAACCUAAGUAGAAUUAAAUAAUUAAAUAAUAAGUUAGACGCGUGUUAUCUACCGUUAUUGCGUGUUGUGUGCUUGCGCCUGCGGAAAUCUCAAACACAAAAUUUUUCUUGGCACCGGCACAAAAAUUAAAAUUAACAAAAUAAAAUAGAACUCUCACUAACAUAUUGGCGAUUGACCUUCCAUUUUCUUGAAGGAGCAACUGCGAAAAGAUACGUGCAUAAAUUUAAAUACAAUAAAACUACGAAAAAGACCAAAUUCUGGGGUGAAGUACAUGUUGUGGGCGUCCCCGGAGUCGGCGGGGGCAUAUCACAGUCGCAGAAAUUGGGCGAAUCGCAAGUAAGUACCAAACGUCGUCGUGCAGUAAAGCGACGUCGCCAGCGGGUCAUCAUAAUAGCAGCAGUGGUGACACGCUCGUUAAAACAAACGUUGUCAUCCUUGAUUAUCAACAGCAUCAUUACGAAAAUUACGAGCAACACCAACAACAGCAGCAGCAGCUCCAAUUAAACGAUAUUGAAUCAGACGAACAACAAGACCAUUUUGAACUACUAUCAACAAGUAAUAAAUCAACAAUUCUUCAGCUGGACAAAUCCAUUCUUUCUGAAGUUACCUCGACGACGCCUGUCGUCACCGAGGUUCAGUGCACCGACAAAACGACUAUCAACAUUAAUGUCGCGAUGAACAACCAAGAGGCUCGUAAAAAACUCAGGUUUAAGCGUGUACUAGCUAUGAACAAUUUUGAAGAUUUAAUGGAUACACAAGAAGAAAUUCCUAACGAUAUUGGAGUAGAUGUAAAUGAUUUACGACCACCUGCCAACGGAGAAUUGGAAUUUGAAUUAGCUGAUGUUGACAAUAUGUCUAGUUGUAUUGGAUUAGAUCAAGAUAUGGAUGAAGACGAAGCUAGAUCCGAAGCGACGUUUCGGUAUACAGUAGAAAAUGUAUCGAAAAUGAAAGAUUCCCAAUUAUCACCACCAUGUAUUGUUCGUAAUUUGCCAUGGAAGAUAAUGGUUAUGCCUCGGUCAAGUCAAACUCAAGAACGACAAACUCAACGAUCAUUAGGAUUUUUCCUUCAAUGCAAUGGAGAGAGUGAGUCAACAACUUGGAGUUGUUACGCAGUUGCAGAAUUACGUCUCCUUUCCUGUAAAGAGGGCCAAGAACCAUUCAGUCGAAAAAUUCAACAUCUUUUCUAUACUAAAGAAAAUGAUUGGGGAUUUAGUCAUUUUAUGCUUUGGCAAGAUGUACUGGAUCCAGAUAAAGGUUACAUCAAAGAUGAUUCUAUUACGUUAGAGGUUCAUGUGGUUGCAGAUGCACCUCACGGAGUUAGUUGGGAUAGUAAAAAGCAUACAGGAUAUGUGGGUCUUAAGAACCAAGGUGCAACAUGUUACAUGAACUCACUACUGCAAACGCUAUAUUUUACAAAUCAGCUAAGAAAAGCCGUUUACAAAAUGCCGACUGAGAGUGAUGACUCAAGCAAGAGUGUAGCACUAGCAUUGCAAAGAGUCUUUCAUGAACUACAAUUUUCUGAUAAACCUGUGGGAACAAAAAAAUUGACGAAAAGCUUUGGCUGGGAAACUUUAGAUUCGUUUAUGCAGCAUGACGUUCAAGAAUUUUUACGUGUGUUAUUGGACAAAUUAGAAAGUAAAAUGAAAGGUACAUGUGUAGAGGGGACAGUGCCAAAAUUAUUUGAAGGAAAAAUGGCAUCUUUUAUAAAAUGUAAAAAUAUUAAUUACACAUCUACUAGAGUUGAAACCUUUUAUGACAUUCAAUUAAAUAUAAAAGGCAAGAAAAAUAUUUAUGAAUCAUUCAGAGAUUAUGUGAGUACGGAAAUUCUUGAUGGAGAUAAUAAAUAUGAUGCGGGUGAACAUGGACUUCAAGAAGCCGAAAAAGGAGUCAUUUUUCAAUCAUUUCCGCCAGUUUUGCACUUACAUCUUAUGAGAUUUCAAUAUGAUCCUGUCACAGAUUGUUCUGUUAAAUUUAAUGAUAGAUUUGAAUUUUAUGAAAAAAUAACUCUUGGUGAUUAUUUACAAGCUGAAGAAGCAACCAAUGCUAAUUACACAUUACAUGCAGUUCUCGUACAUAGUGGUGAUAAUCACGGAGGUCAUUAUGUUGUUUUUAUUAAUCCUGCAGGUGAUGGAAAAUGGUGUAAAUUUGAUGACGAUGUAGUAUCACGAUGUACAAAACAAGAAGCAAUAGAACAUAAUUAUGGUGGUCAAGAUGAAGACAUAUCCAUGGCAGUGAAACAUUGUACAAAUGCUUAUAUGUUGGUUUACAUCCGUGAUUCAGAGUUGGAAAAUGUUCUUCAAGAAGUCAAAGAAGAGGACAUUCCUCAAGAGCUGGUGGAGAGGCUACAAGAGGAGAAGAGACUGGAAUAUAUCAGACGAAAGGAGAGGAAUGAUGCUCAUUUAUAUAUGACCGUCAAUGUUCUGCUUGAGGAUAGCUUUGACGGUCAUCAAGGCAACGAUCUCUACGAUCCAGAACGUGCACUAUAUCGCGUAUUUCGCAUUCGUAAACAGGCAACUCUUCAUGAAUUUCUAGAGUUGCUUAGUGAUAGUUUGAAAUAUCCCAUCGAACAAAUUAGGAUAUGGCCAUUCAGUUCACGUACUAAUCAAACAUGUAGACCAACUUUAAUCGAACCAGAAGCCGAUCUUCAAAAAAGUAUGGCUGCAUGUGCUGAACAGGCUAAUCCUUGGCCUGUCUUUGUGGAACUUGUUCCACCAGACUCUGGUCUUACAUCAUUGCCACCCUUUGAUAAAGAUACUGAUGUACUUUUAUUUUUCAAACUUUAUGAUCCAAAAAAUAAGAAAAUUCACUAUGCUGGACAUCACUAUAUGCCCGUUAAUGCUAAAGUUUUGGAACUUAUACCAAUUUUAAAUGAAAGAGCUGGCUUCCCUCAAGAUACAGAACUUGCACUUUAUGAAGAAAUAAAACCAAAUAUGGUUGAAAAGAUAGAAAAUAUGACAGAGCCUUUAGAGAAAGUACUUGAAGAAUUAAUGGAUGGUGAUAUUAUUGUUUUUCAAAAAGAAGAAAGAGACAAUGAAAUGUAUGAAUUACCUACUUGUCGUGAUUAUUUCAAAGAUUUAUUCUAUAGGGUAGAAGUAACAUUUUGCGAUAAAUCUAUACCAAACGAUCCAGGCUUCACAAUGGAGUUAUCUCAAAGAAUGACAUAUGAUCAAAUAGCAAAAGCUGUUGCACAGCGAGUAGGCACAGAUCCAUAUUUAUUACAGUUUUUUAGAUGUCAAAAUUAUAAAGACGUACCAGGACAAGCAUUAAAGUGUACAUUUGAUGGCACACUUAAAGAUUUAGUAGCUUAUUGUAAGCCCAAGACAAAAAAGAUAUUUUAUCUACAACUCAGUAUUCGAGUAAAUGAACUUGAAAAUAAAAAACAGUUUAAAUGUAUUUGGGUUGAACCUUCUUUGAAAGAAGAAAAAGAAAUUAUAUUGUAUCCAAAUAAAAAUGGUACUGUCGCAACACUUUUAGAAGAAGCAAAAAAACAAGUUGAAUUAUCUGAAAGUGGUUCAGGAAAAUUAAGGUUAUUAGAAAUAAAUGGCAGUAGAGUAGUACCUGGUCCUAAAGAAGAUACACCGUUAGAAAGUUUAACAACUAUUGGUCCCAAGGGAUAUAGAAUAGAAGAAAUACCCAAAGAUGAAGUGAAUCUUGCUGAAGAUGAAAUGCUAGUACCUGUAGCUCAUUUUCAUAAAGAUGUAUUUUCGCCAUUUGGAAUACCGUUUAUGUUUAAAAUUAAACAUGGCGAACCUUUUACUAAAGUUAAGGACAGGUUACUAAAAAAAUUGGGUGUUCAAGAGAAGGAAUUUGAAAAGUUUAAGUUCGCGAUCGUAUCAAUGGGGAAACCACAGUUUAUCACCGACGAAGCAGAUUACUUUAUCAAUCUUGCCGAAUUUCGCGUAAAUUCUGGUCAAGCGUUACAAAAACCUUGGUUGGGUUUGGAUCACGUUAAUAAGGCUCCGAAGCGUCCACGAAUCAACUACCUCGAAAAGGCUAUUAAGAUAUAUAAUUAAAUUGAUUGCCUGAGUAAACAAUUUUUUUCAAACAGCCACCUAUGUUAUGAUAUAAUUCUGUCAUAAAGACACGGUGCAUAUGUUAUUUUACGGAUUAAAGAAAAAAGAAAAAAAUUGAAUCAUACAAUAAUUUAAGUAGUAUGAGAGAAAAAUCACAAAUCUGAGCAUUAUACAUUAAGUAACGAUAAUGUGAGCACGAUUGAUAGCAACACACUAUCACUUUUAAUUGUUAAAUUAAAUUGCGAUCGUGAUUAUUAUCUCGUCAUAAUUACGUAAUUAUUAGAAGAAAACUUAAUAAAUAAUUGUAAAUUGGUAUAGAAGCCAACAACAAAAAUGGCGCGAUUGUUUUAAACUAUUCAUAGUGUUUUUGUCAAUACAAUGAAUGUUCGGACUAUUUUCAAUAUUUUCAGCAUUUAUUUCGUGAGUUACAUAUAACAUUAAUUACAAACAUUGAAUUUUAAUUUUUAACUUAAAUUUAAUUAAUUUUUUCUACUAAAUACACAUAAAUUACAUAAAUUAUGACAGAGCUUGCAAUAUUCGAAUGUGGCGGAUUCGGAUCUAAAAUAAAAUUAUUUUAUAUAAUUUAAAUUAAUUUAAAACUACAUUCAACUUGAAUAUAUAAUUCGAUAAUAUAUUAAUAUUACAUGAGGUAAAUUUCUAAAUAUCAUAAAUCACCGUGAAUAAUUCCAACUAAUUAAAGAAUAUGUUUUAUCUUAUAUCAAAUAAUGGUUUUUUUUUAGUGUAUAUUUAUAAAAUUAACAUAUCUAUAUUGAAAAUUAAGACUCUUGGUAUACUUUAAUGAUAUAAUCAUCGAUAUUUUAUCGUUAAUCAAUUUUCUUUACAUUAAUCAAACUGUGGUAAACAAAAAAAAAUAUUUCUUUUUGUUAAUAAAAUGUGGGUUUUUUUGACAAAUAAUA